UAGUGAUAUAUUUCUUAUUCAGUAUUCAUAAUACUCAUUCAACACCAUGUAAAUUGAUGGUUUUCUUGAAUAUAAAAACUUAAAAUAAUUCGAUAAUAAAUAUUUUCAUUUACAUUGCAUUUAUAGCCAAUGAUAAAGAAUUUCUAUGCAAUUUCAUAGAAAUAAUGUUAUUUGAAAAGGAAUGAAGCGGCAUUUAUUGUUAAACGUAUAUUUGAUCUAAUCAACAUCGAACUAGUUUUCAUGCAUGUUAUCUUUAUUUCACUUAAAUAAUUUCAUAAAAUAUUCUUUUUAUUUAAAAUUUAAAAGAUUCUAUGAAAACAUCUUUUUCAAAUUCAAUACGUUUUCCUCUAGUCUUGCUAAAUGUUAAUGUAUUCACAUUUGGAAAAUCAUCUCUUUUUGGUUAUGAUUCAUUAAAUAAUUAUCUUAUCGUUCAUUCAUUAAUUGAAUUGAACAAUGCUAAUGAUUUAUUAGUUGAUUGUUUACAUUUAUCUUCAUGUCUAACAUCUUCUAUUUGA